GUUUACCACGUCGCCCUCAGCACUCCCGCCACCGCGCCUGCGAUUCCCGAGAGACCUCCCCGCGCCUUCCAUUUUUGGGAGCCAUGGAGUGCCCGCGGUAUCCAAAGUCCAGGGCCAUGACCGCGAUCGCCCAUGGCAUCCCCGGUCACCGGCACGCACGAGUUCUCAUUGCCCGGAACCAGGAACGCCAACGCGAAGCUGAGAGAGCACGUGAGCCACGUGAGCGCUAUUGUACUCCUCUUCUUCGGCAUGUAGCACGCGUCCCAAGAACCUGGGCGUUGGCGGGCAAGGGUGCGUCGAAAAAGUUGUGGCGCUAGCUACCCUGGUACGGUUCUCUGCGAAUUUACUACCUAGGUAGGGAGCUCCGGCACCCGAGCCGUCAGCGCUUUAUAGCUUGCAAAGGCGCCAUUGCUGGAAAAGAGGAUCGUCUCCUUGCACUGACGAAGUCAUGGGCUGCUUUGGAAGACUCGUGGGCUUUGGCGUUUGCCUUUUGGCGCUUGCUUGGGGGAGCACAGCAGCGAGACCUAGGCCGAAGUGCAAGCAUGGCCCGCAUUCGCGUGGUUGCUGGAAGGAUGGGUUUGAUAUUCAUACCGACUAUGAGGUGGAAAUUCCACCUGGGAAGUUGGUUGAGUACGACUUCACGGUUUCAGAAGCGGUGAUGGCGCCGGACGGUUACCUGACCAACAUGACUGUGGUCAAUGGCCAAUUCCCCGGUCCCACCGUAGAAGCUGAUUGGGGCGACACCGUCCGAAUUACGGUCCACAAUAACCUAACGAACCACAAUGGGACCGCGAUUCACUGGCACGGUAUUCGAAUGUUUGAGACGAACUGGCAAGAUGGAGUUCCCGGUGUUACACAGUGCCCUUCGAAGCCUGGCGAUACACAAGUUUACGAGUUCAGAGCUAUGCAGUACGGCACUGCAUGGUACCAUUCUCAUUACAGUCUGCAGUACACCAACGGCAUCUUCGGUCCUAUCGUAAUCCACGGCCCCUCCAGCAUGGACUACGACGUAGAUCUCGGCCCUUUGCUCAUUGGCGACUGGUACCACGCGGACGCGUUUUCGCUCUAUUGGCUCGAAAUCUUCACGCCUCAUGCUCCCAUUCCUCUGAGUACACUUAUCAACGGCCAAGGCGUCUUUGACUGCAAUCCUCGUAAUGACACGCGGUGUACGGGCAAGGCUAAAUACCAUGAGCUGGAGUUCAAGAAGGGCACGAAGUACAAGAUCGGCCUCGUGAAUACGGGAAGUCUGGUGACGCUGAAAUUCUGGAUCGAUGGGCAUAAGUUCACGGUUAUUCAGAACGACUUUGUUCCAAUUGAGCCGUACGAAACGGAUGUGUUGAUCGUGGGCAUAGCGCAACGUUACGAGAUCAUUGUGGAAGCGAACGCCGACUUCGAGCACGGCACUAAUUUCUGGAUGCAUGCCAACUACUGCGACGACGACACUUGGCCGAGCAAAGUUGGCAUCAUUCGCUACAACCCGCGAGACAAAGGCGAGCCAUACACACCGACCUCAGAAGAAGCACAGCACUACGGAUUCGGCUGCAUGGACCCCUCACCCAAAGACCUCACGCCUAUCGUACCGCGACAAGUAGGCAGGAACGUCAACGGCUUCUCUCCAUCCGACUACCUCAAAAUCGGGCUGCAAGCCUGGCCCAACGUCACUGACGAGAACUCGCUCAUCCACAAGUGGGUUCUCGGCAACAAGACCCAGCUCAUCGACUGGCGCGACCCAACCAUCAAACGCCUCACAAUCGACGACAAUAUGAACUUUCCCGAGGACACCGUGCCCCUAUUCCUCGACUACGACACUAACGAAUGGGUCUACUUCGUGAUCGAGAACAACUACACGCUCUCCGACGCCGCGCAACCGCAGACGAUCCCCCGCUCUGUCCACCCCAUUCAUCUCCACGGACAUGACUUCGUGAUCCUGGCUCAAGACCAGGGUCCUUUCUCCAAGGACGUGGUUCCGCUGUUGGACAACCCAGCCAGGAGGGACGUCGUGAAUUGUCCGAUUGACGGCUAUGUUUGGAUCGCGUUCCAGAUUAAUAAUCCGGGCGCGUGGUUGAUGCAUUGCCAUAUCGCGUGGCACGCGAGCGCGGGGUUGAGCUUGCAGUUUAUUGAGCAGCCUGGGAAGAUCAAGCCGCUGAUGGAGAAGGCGGGAAUGCUGGGGCAGUUGGGGGAUAGGUGCGAUGGUUGGACGGAGUAUUAUAAUACUACGAACAUUCCUGGGGGGGUUUUGCAGGAUGAUUCGGGGAUAUGAGAAAGGGAUCGAGCUGGAUGGGAAUGGCAUUACUUUGUUGCCUAAU